AUGUUUAAACAGUGUGCUUUACUAGUGCUGUUGGUGCAGCUGAUCGAUACGUCUGUCGCUGUGGUGAGGUUCGAGAAUCUCAAGUACGAGCUGAACAAGGACUACAUGCACGGUAACAUAUUCAUCAAAAGCCAGAACGAUAAGUACUCGUUCGGUGCCGACGUCGAGAUGACAAAGAAAGUGGAGGGCAGCGUCAUUGUAACUCCACAUCUACAACAUUUGAUCAAGGGCGAGUAUCAUACGAUGGUGAACAUCGAUCUGGACACCUGUAAGGUCGAUCCGGUGAUGUCGGAAAACCCGAUCGUACGCACCAUCGCCAAAGAGUCGACCAAGUUCAUCAAUUUCUCGCUCAUGUGCCCUUACAACCCGGGACGGUAUUUGAUGAACGAUUUUACGCUCGAUUCGGAAAGCCCGCUGCUGAAGCUGAUUCCGAACGGCAAGUACAAGAUGGAGCUGAAGGCUACCCAUUACCCGACACCGGACUCAACACCGACCAUGUUGUUUGCGUACUCGAUUGAUUUCGAGCUGUUUGCUGCCACCAGCUAA